AACCCCAUUGGUUAACUUACCAACAGCCAAACAUAGAGGCAGAGUUUGACAUGCUGAAGACUUCUUUGACUCUGGUAAGAUCUCACACAAGCAUGAACAUGUCAGUUAGAUCUCCCUGCGCAUUUGUUACACUUUGAAAAAACAAAGCUGAAAAACAGAAUUACCAGGUACGGAUCUGCUCCGAGGCCACUGGAAACUGCAUGAGUGAGUGGGACACACACAGUGAAAUGGACACAAAAAUGGUGUAAGGAACUAAAAGAUGCCUGGUGAAGUUCUCUCUCAGCUUGGGAAUAACAGCAAUGCUUCUGGCCUUUGCCUGGCAGAGAGUCAGCAUGUGUCUAUCACCAUCCUGCUCUGCCUGGUCUUCUUCAUUGGCUUCCUCCUGAACACCUUCAGCCUGUGGGUGUUCUGCUGCCAGUUGCCCUGCUGGACUUCUGGAACCACGCUGCAGUUCCACCUGGCCCUCAGCGAUGCUAUCGCUACACCAGUCACUCCCAUGAUGGCAGUUUACUUUGCUAUGGGUAACAACUGGCCAUUUGGUAGGUUCCUGUGUCAAGUCAAGAUUGCCCUGCUGAGUUCACAUUUCUAUGGCAGUACCAUUUUCCUCACUCUCAUCAGCAUUCAUCGGUAUGUGGCUGUUGUUCACUUCAACAGGAGAUCUUGUAUAAAACGGAAGGAGUUUGUCAGGAAGCUCUGUGCUGGAGUUUGGUUUCUGCUACUGAUCCAGGCUCUGAUCUUUGCUUUUACUCUUCCUACCACCACAGAAGGGAAAAACAAACAAUGUCUCUCCAUUCAUCAGACCAAACUGACAGAAUCCUACUUUGUCAUUAACUUUAUCCUGUUUAUCUUUGGGUUUUUACUCCCUUUCUUUGUGUCUGCUGCAUGCUAUAGCCGUCUAGCAAACACCUUAACUCGCCUAAACAUUAGCACAGCUAAAGGUCUGAAAGUGAAGGUGAAAUCUCAGAGGAUGAUAGGUGUGUGUUUGGUUAUAUUUGCUUUGUGCUUCCUGCCUCUGAAUGUGGUACGGACUGUAGGAGUCAUAUUAAAAAAAUACUACCCGCAACAAUGCCAUCUUCUCCUUCAGUUUGAGACAGCAUAUUACGCAACCUGGAUUUUUGCGGGAGUAAACAGCUGCCUGGAUCCACUGUUGUACUACUUUGGUUCGCAGAACUUUCGAGAUACCUUCCAGUCUUUCAGGAUGGGGCAGGUAGACAUUCAGAACAGAAGUGAUUCAGAAAUGACUGGAAAUUUCUAACAUGUGGAUAUGACAUGGAUAUGACUGGUAUCUGAGUCUCAAGAUCCAGUUGUGGCGGAAGACGAUGUUUGAAAUUCCCAUUUAGAAACAAUACAGAUGUUAUAUUGUUGGUUGGUUUACGAUGAAGAUCUCUCUACAUACUCUAAAAACCCUAAAUAUUAACAAAUAUUAUACAGUACCUAUUACCCAACUUUUAUCUAUUAGUUCUAUCAUAUACACAAAACUAUUUUAUCUCAUUUGUGAAUAAUAAAUCAAUAACGUAUUUUCUGCUAUUUUCUGUAUUUUUUUCUUUUCUAUAUCUAUUGCUAAAUGGUGGUGGUAGUAAUCACCAUAUUUAUGAACUGCACUGGGGACCAGCAGGUGGGUGGGAUUGUUAAUAAACUUACAAACCAUACAGCAGACAUUCAUGAUUGCAUCCCACCAAACCAUGACAGUCUGUAUUAUAAGGGAUUCUGGAAUUACUUCAUGUAUUUUAAUAUUUUCAAUAUCACCUGUGCGUUUCCUGUUGUCACAUACCAAACUGCCAGCAAGAAAACCAUGUCAUGUGUUGCCACACCACACUCCAAGUUUCACAUCCAGCCUGUGGUUAGACAAUAAAAGCACCUAGGUUAAGGUAAAGCAAAGACCAUGGUGUGAAAUUAAAUGUUGACUCUGAAGUCACUG